AUGAGGAUGCGCUUCAUUGUUAUGGUAAUGCUGUUGCCAGUGCUAAUGAGGGCAGGAUCAGAAUGCAGGUCCAGCUGUCAACUUACCAAUAUCUCCAUUACUGUCGAAAGUGAGGAAUGUGGCAGCUGCAUCACAAUUGACACCACUGCUUGUGCCGGACUCUGCAUAACUCAGGAAGGAGUGUACCGUAGCCCCUUGUUGCAGUCCUACCAGAACACUUGUAACUUCAUAGAAUGGACCUAUGAGACCUAUGGGUUCAAAGGCUGCCCUGUUGGGGCUGACUCUGUUUUCACCUACCCUGUGGCCCUCAGCUGUGACUGCAGCAAGUGUAACAGUGACAUCACGGACUGUGGAGUUCUUAGCCAACAGACAACCAGCUGCAAUGCACAUUAG